ACUGCAUCUCACACUCCGCCAUGCGCCUGCCCUCGUCCCUACUGGCGGGCGUGCGUGCCGGCCUGCCGCGCGUGCACAGCGCCGCAACUGCCGGGCCAUCACGCCUCCGCGCCAUCCACCUGCUGCGCGAGCUGCGCGUCCCCGCGCCAUGGGAGAACGCCAAGAAACCGCGCCUGAGGCCAUACGUGCCCGACGAGUCGAUCGACCCCGACAGCCCGCUGCAUAGCUCGCCGACACAUCGCACCAGCGUGUGGUCGUCCCCACCCACCUCUAUCCUGCUCAUCCAGAAGCCGAACGACGCGCGCACGACCCAGGCCAUGGGCGAGGUGCUCUCCCACCUGACAACAAACUACCCCCAUCUGCGGCUUCUCGUCGAGGCGCACACGGCGCGCGACCACCCGAACUUUGAGCAGCUCUACGUCGUCGGGCCGCACGACGCGCACCUCCUCCCGCUCCACACGCACAUGGUGCUCACGCUAGGCGGCGACGGGACGGUGCUGCACGUGUCCCAUCUCUUCUCGGAGGGCGAGUGCCCGCCCGUGCUAUGCUUCAGCAUGGGCUCGCUCGGCUUCCUCCUCCCGUUCCACAUCGACUCGAUGCCCGUGGCCUUCGAGCAGGCGCUCAACGGCCCCGUGAGCGUGUUGAACCGCGCUAGGCUGGCAUGUACCCCGUACCACGCGAACGGGGAGCUGCUCGAGCGGUGUGGCGACGUGUCCGAGGACGGAUGGCAGGUCAUGAACGAGGUCACCCUGCACCGUGGACGGCAUCCGCACCUCACCAUUGUCGACGCGUUCUACGACGACCAGCACUUGACCGAGGCAGUGGCGGACGGCCUACUCCUCUCCACACCGACUGGCUCGACGGCCUACUCCCUCUCGGCCGGCGGACCAAUCUCGCACCCCGAGGCCGACGCGCUCCUCCUCACGCCGAUCGCGCCGCGCUCACUCUCGUUCCGAACAGUCAUCCUGCCCGGCCAAGGCGAGGUCAGGCUGCAGAUAUCCGACCGCGCCCGCUCCCCAGCCGAGCUGUCAAUCGACGGCCGCGAGGUCUGCGAGCUGCACAAGAACGACUCGGUCGUCAUCCGCAAGUCCGAGUGGCCGAUGCCGUGUAUCGAGCGCCCUGGAGGAGGCACCGGCUGGGUGCGCGACAUCUCGUCCCUCCUCCACUUCAACGUCGGGUUCGUCAACAAGAGCAUAAAGAAGGGGCACGUGUAG